CGCAAGUAGAUAACACAUGAAGAGAGCUACAGACUACACCCGGAGCAUUAGAGAUCUGCAUCUACAGACUUCACCAUGAGGUUGACCGUGCUGCUCUUCCUGAGCCUGUCUCUCUGUCUUGCACUGGCACAAGUGUCCUAUGACGACUGCUGCCUGAAAUAUGUGAAAAAAAUGAGCCACGGCACUCAGAAACAUGCAGUGAAGUACAGACGGCAGGAGACAGAUGGAGGCUGCAACAUCCCUGCUAUUGUAUUCACCAUGAGGAAGGGGCGAGUGUUUUGCACAGACCCCAGAGAGAAAUGGGUUGAAGAGCUGAUGAAUAAGAUUGACAUAAGGGGAGACAGCUUCAAACCCACCAGGAACCAUCCACAACAGUGGAGGAACAGAGGUUGAGGGUGAGAGCCUGCCAGCCCCAAUCAUCCUUCUGCCCUCUGGCUAAUCUUACCAUCCACCAAGAUGCAGUUUGACGGUUUCAUGGCAUCUGACUGGAAGGCAGACGAGGAUGCUGGCCAAAUUUUGUAGCAUUACUUUUGCUUUCACUCUGCAUUAAGCUAAGGGUCAAGAGCUUGUGUAGAAUUGCAGCAGCACUUUGUUGUCCAGGGUUGGGCUGCUGAUGCCGAGUGGUCUCCACACAAUACAUAUAAAUAUGUUCAAUAGCAUGGCUGCUUCACUGGGACUAAUUGUGACCAUUUUCUUGCCUUUUGAGAACUUUUAAUGUUCAAUAAUGGUGUAUGAAUGGUGAUGGAAUGGAAUUAAAUGUAAAUAACUUUCUGUAAUGUUUGUCAUAGGGAAGGAGAAAUUAAUGUCUUAAUUUCUGAAUUGUAUAAAUGCCUUUUCAUAAACUUUGUGUCUGGCUUUUAUGACAGUAUAUGUGUUCCCAUAAAAGCAUGAUUGCAAUAAACUUGCUUUUCAGAUCCCACACAA